AUGGUUAGAGUUCUAUGGGAUUCAUCUCCCACGAUUACGGAACCAUAAUCAUCCUUAUGGCAAGUUGAAUAGUCUCAUAAUCAGACAUUCCACUCUGAGCGCCCCUAUUGACGGCCCCUUCGGAAUUUGAAACAAUUGAGUCGACCUUGGCAAGGACAUCUGGCUGUACGCCCUAUGGUUUCGCCUAAGCGUGAUCACCGCCUUGUCUGUCUGAGCUCAUUAGCGUCCAGCAGAAACCGGUGUGCUUGCAGUAAUGAUAUAUAAAAAGCGAGACUCCCUUCUUUUAUGCUUGUAUCCAUCCUUUCCUUUGUGCGCCUAUACUCAUUCUCCAUAUCGAGAUGUUGUCUUCCACUUUCCUUACUAUCGCAUUGGCUGCUACAGUUCUCUCGCACCCCACGAAACGACAGUCCGGUGGCGUAAUCACCUCUUGUACAGUUCCGAAAACGGCUGCCCUUACAUUCGAUGAUGGGCCUUAUAUCUAUUCGCAACAAAUUGUCGAUACCCUUGAUGCAAAGAGGGCCAAGGGCACGUUCUUCGUUAAUGGAAACAACUAUGGUUGUAUAUACGGGGACGCUCAGGUGCAAGCAAUUACAAACGCAUACUCAAAGGGUCAUCAGAUUGCUUCGCACACAUGGGCUCAUAAAGAUCUAGCUACGCUGUCCCGCGACGAAAUUGACAGUGAAUUCACCGGCGUCGAUAAGGCCUUGGAGUCAAUACUCGGAGUCAAGAUCGCAUUUAUGAGACCUCCAUUCGGCAGUUACAACAAUGAUGUGGUGGAGGUCGCUGCUGCACACAAUCAAAGUGUAAUUAUUUGGGAUUUCGAUUCCGGGGAUUCUGCUGGAGAAGCUGCUACCCAAAGCAAUUCACAAUAUGACGGCUUUGUGGCUUCACGUCCUAAUACUAUCUUGACUCUGAAUCAUGAAACUGUCGAAUCUACUGGUUCCACCGUUCUCCCCCACGCCAUUGAGGUUUUACAAGGUGCAGGCUACAAACUCGUAACGGUUGCUGAAUGUCUUGGCCUUCCCCCAUAUUUAAGCGUUGGAAAGGCUGGUACAAAAGAUGCUUCGUGGGCCUGCUGAACAAUCAUUGUAUUAGACGGACUAUCUCAUACUUCUUGCUACA